AAACCCACCCAAGACUCUUCCCAUUCUCGUACUUGUUCUCCGUUCCUCCAAAUUCAGAAGCUCUUUGCUCUCGAGAAAUUAUCCUCCUCCCCAAAAGCAAGUUAAUUCGUUAAUUAAUCGAAUCCACAGACCACAAGUGCUUCGGUCGGCAACAAUUAGCAAGGACAGAGACUCUACGAUGACCUGGUUAGAAUCGACAACGAUGAGACGAGAUGGCGAUGUCGCAGUGGCUUUUCCCGGCCAAUUCCGUAGGAAAUAGAUAGUCGCUAGAAAGCCCCACUUUUACUUUAGAAAUAAAUCAAAUAAUUCCAACAUCGGACCUCCAAACAGAGCCGAAGAGGAACGCUUGCUCGUAGUCACCAAGAAGCUCUCUCUCUCUCUCUCUCUCUCCCCACCCCCACGAGGGGUUUUCCGAUCCCUCCCACACUCAAAGCGGCGCAAUCCUCCGCGCAAUUCUACGAUCUCUCCCUCCCUUCGAGCGGCGCGAUUCUCCGAUCUCUACCUCACUUUGAGCGACGUGAGUCGCCGAUCCCUCCCUCACUCCGACGCGGUUCUCCCAUCCCUCCCUCCCUCACUCCGACGUGGUUCUCCGAUCUCGUUCUGGCUGAUCAGGGAAUGGCCUCAAAUUUGGUGGUGCUUAAUCAAUGCAUAAAAACGGUUUGUUGUAUGGAGGUGUGUUUCUGGUUCUAGGCUGUUUCCCCCCGUGAAGAGGGGGAAUUGGGGCCAAGAAGGGGAGUGUGCUUUAAGAAAUGGAAUGACAACUAAACGGCUCAUUAGUGUACAACUACUUGGGCGGAGAAGAUAAGGGUCUUAGAGCAAGGCCAAUGGAAUAAGCCCUCACUGCAUCUGGGUUUGGAGUUUUGAGUAACAAGCAUAGCUCAGGAUGACUGGCGUUAUAAUUGGUUGGAAAAGAAAAGAGCCGGCCUUCUUGCUACUCUAUAUUGUUGUUGUAUUUAUUUACUUCAUCCACCGAACUCUUCAGCUCGCUCAUGAGCACAAGUCAAAACUGUAUGGCUUACGCCCUGGCUGGCUCUUCCCUUAUAGUCUUAAUGAUGUCUCUGAUGCCCAAUGGAGAAACUUUCGUGGGAAUCUACCUAUUCUUACUUCUGUAUUUGCACUUUUCGCUGUCGUAGCCAAUGCAUUGAAGGCCUUCUUGUCUUUGGGAGCUAAGGGCAUGUCCAUUUCAUGGAUUUUGAUUUCUUUGGCCUAUUUGGCAUAUCUUCAUGGGGCUUGGUAUUUCUUCCUUUUUCCUCAAAUGCUUUAUUCCUUUCUAUUUCUGCAGAUAUUUGCACGAACAAAGUACUUCUCAUUUGCUAUUUGGGUUUUCAACAUUUUUGUUCUUGUUUGCAAUCGGAUUUAUGAGGGAUAUUCAUUCUCCAUAUUUGGGGAGCAGUGGGCAUACUUAGAUAACUUUCGAGGCACCUUUAGGUGGCACAUUUGCUUUAACUUUGUUAUUUUGCGCAUGUUAAGCUUUGGAUAUGAUUAUCAUUGGGCUAAUCAACAACGUCAUUUUGAUCAAAGAAAGCACAUCCAACGUUGCCAUACUUGUAAAUCUGGGGGAAUCUGCUACCAAUUGCUACAGGAGAGAAGUGUGCCAAUUGAUAACUUUUCAUUCAGUGUGUACUUAUCAUAUCUGGUCUAUGCGCCACUUUACCUUGCUGGCCCAAUCAUAAGCUUCAAUGCCUUUGCUUCACAGCUAGAUAUGCCAGCACGAAUUUUCGCAACCAGAGAUGUACUCUGGUAUGGUUUACGGUGGAUAUUCAGCUUCAUGAUCAUAGAGAUCAUGAAUCAUUUAUUUCAUUACAAUGCAUUCGCAGUCAGUGGCCUGUGGAAGUCGUUGUCACCUAUGGACAUGUUCAUCAUCACAUAUGGGGUCUUGAACUUUAUGUGGCUGAAGUUUUUCCUCAUAUGGCGCUAUUUUCGGCUUUGGUCACUGAUUAGUGGCAUAGAGGCUCCUGAGAAUAUGCCUAGGUGCAUAAAUAAUUGCUACAACUUGGAGAGCUUUUGGAAAAAUUGGCAUGCUUCCUACAAUAGAUGGCUUGUAAGGUACAUAUAUAUUCCCCUUGGUGGGUCUCGGACGAAGUUUCUAAACAUCUGGGUGAUAUUCACAUUCGUUGCUAUUUGGCAUGAUCUAGAAUGGAAACUUCUCUCAUGGGCAUGGCUAACAUGUUUAUUCUUCAUCCCAGAAAUGGUAGCCAAAUCAGCAAUCUCUACACUACAGGUAGAAACUGCUUCUGGGAAGCUCCUUUCGCGAGAACUCAAGGCUGUGGCCGGUGCAAUCACUAUUACAUGUCUCAUGGUAGCAAAUUUUGCUGGCUAUGUUGUUGGACCAUCUGGUGUCAACUGGAUAAUUUCCCGAUUCUCAAGUAGAGAAGGACUACCGGUGCUUUGUUGGAUGAUGGUGACUUUCUACCUGGCGGUUAAGCUGAUUCUCCACAUAGAGGACGCUAAGCGGAAGCAGCAAUAGUACAUGGAACCCAGAAUGGACACCGCAUUUGAACUGCUGCUGAGUUUUGAAUGUCUGCCAAAUUUUGUAAGGAAAUGACGAGAGAAGGAGAGCCGAGAGAGGGAGCGUAGAAUUAACAGCAGCUUCGCCCUUUGCCCCCCCCUCUAAAGUUUUAUGUGGCGCAUUUUAGUCAGAGAAAAUCUGCCCCGAGGGUCUACAGUCUACAGAUAAACCCGUUUGAUAAAAUAAACUUUAAGGCAACUAACCUUCGGUUUCUCAAGUGUGCUUUAUUACGGUCACAACCUCAUUUGUUUACUUCUUUUCG